AUGUCCCAGAGUCGGGAAGUGUCGAAAGUCGGUGCCUUUUCUAAGGCUUCCUCAGAUUUAUCCAAUUUGUCCACUUUGUCCAGAUUCAGGGAUCCCGGAGUGCCGGCAACGAUGACCAGCACCUCGGAUGAAGUCAUCUUGCCGGAAUUUGAGCGACUCAAAGUUGUGGGAAGAGGAUCCUUCGGAAUUGCUGUCCUGUAUCGCAAACGUUCAGACCAGACUUUAGUCGUGCUUAAGCAGGUGAAACUCAGUGAAUUGACUCCAGAUGAACGCGCCAUGGCAAUGAACGAAGUCGAGGUGUUCUCCAAACUCCACCAUCCCAAUGUUAUCAGCUACUUGGGAAGUUUCCUUCGCGGAGAUUUGCUCCUCAUCGAGAUGGAGUACGCCGAAGGAGGUACUCUGGCACAUGUAAUCUCUGCCCGAACACCUACAGAUCGCCUGCCCGAGCGUCAAAUUCUCACGAUUGUCGAGCAAAUCACCAGCGCUGUUGCCUAUCUUCACGCCCAGGCGAUUCUUCAUCGAGAUCUCAAGACUGCCAAUGUGUUUCUGAGUCGCCGCGGCGUGGCCAAGAUCGGGGACUUUGGCAUCUCCAAGAUUAUGCACACCAAGAUAGACACUCGCACAAUUCUGGGCACGCCGUACUACUUCAGCCCAGAGAUGUGCGAGGGCAGAGAUUACGACGCCAAGAGCGAUGUGUGGGCGUUGGGAUGCAUUCUGGGUGAGAUGUGUUGCCUGAAGAAGGCCUUCUCAGCAUCCAAUCUCUCUCAGCUUGUGGCGAAGAUCAUGGCAGGACAGUAUCUUCCGCCACCGGCUGGUUACUCCACUUGCCUCCGCAAUCUCCUCAAGCUCCUCCUUCAGGUCAAUCCAGCGGAUCGUCCAGCAGCCACUGAAGUGCUGCAGUACUGGAUUCCUCUUGUCUACCGCCACCUGGGGCCCCAGAGGGGAUACACGUACCCGAGACAGGUUGAGGAAGAGGCAGCAGCAGCUCUUGAGCAGCUAUCUCUGAAGCAGUACACUGAGGAAGUCACAGCUGGCCUUCCAGAGCCCCUUUCUGAGCGCUCUGUCCUCUAUCAGCUGCACUCCUUUGGCACAGGAGUCUCUAUGAGAGCAUUGCCACUUCCUGCAACCGCCAAGAUUGCUCGUGUCGCCACAAAUGGGGCGCACUUUGUGGCAGUGAUGACCGAUGGAGUGGUCUACACGUGGGGAGACGACGGUAAAGGGCAGCUCGCUCUGGGAGCUAGUUCUGGAGCUGAGGGAUCAGCUUUCAAGCACUACCCUAGUAAAGUUGAGAGCCUCAAGGGAUACACAAUUGUUGGGGCAAGUUGCGGUGAUCAAUUCACCAUCUUCUGGACCAAUACUGGAGUCGUUCUGAGCUGCGGAGAAAACUCAUCCGGCGCCCUAGGUCACGGAGACAGAUUGUCUCGCUCUCGACCCUUAACUAUAGAAAGAUUGCGCGGAUUAAAGGUCAUUGAAGUGGCCUGUGGAGGUCACCACGUGGCCGCUCUAACUUCCACAGGGAUUAUCUUCACCUGGGGCUCCAGUCAAUCGGGAGCCCUUGGCCUGGGAACCAGCAUCAGCUCUGUGACCGUUCCCACUCAAGUGGACUCAGUGGGAACUGGAGACACUAGAGUGGCGGCCAUCUAUGCUGGGAUAAACUGCACUCUGGCCCUUCUGGACACCGGAGAGAUUUAUGCCAGUGGAGCAAACACGAAAAAUCGCCUGGGAUUCGGCAAGAGUGUCAGGAAAAUCCCAAAAUUUAGGAAGAUCAAUCAAAUUGCGAAAAAAGUCACAGAUUUGUCCAUUGCAGAGGAACAUUCGGCAUUUAUCCUCGAAGGCGGCUAUGUUAUCACUUUCGGGGACAAUUUCUAUGGCCAGCGAGGCUUGGGACACAACAAAUGUCCACCGGAUGUCGCAAAUCUCGUCACGGGCAUCAAGAGUAAGUUCAUCAUUAAAGUCAGGUGCAAUUCAACAGGAUCCAUCGUCUUUUCCGAUGACAAUGUCGUGAGUUUCUGGGGAACACGCUUUGGUGUGCCCACAGACAACUUCCCAGACACCUUGGCAACGGAUUCAGACUACCGAAUGGGCGGCAAUACAGCCGCCUUCACAAAUUUCCUAGUCACAGUCUACAAAUCCGAGCUCAUUCUCGAUCCCAUUGACAUCCUAGCGCUCUAUUCCUCACCCGAGCAGCUGUCCAAAGGCCACUAUGUGAAGAUCAGCGACAUUCUGCCUCUUCAGCACAGCACUCUCAUCCUCGUCAACACGACAAAUCCUCUAAUUUCCUCACCGGAUGUCAACUAGUGUUACUCU